UAGAGCUGUGCAGUGUCCACUGUCGACUUUUUAAAAUCAUAUUAUGGCGUUAUCGCAAUGCUUGGAGGAUUCGCCUGGAUGGAGAUUAAUGCCAAAAGGAGAUCGCGAUGUCAAUUUAGAAGAACUUUACAAUGAAAGACAUCGACUCGCUCUAGAGGAGUUACUCUCGGGUGGAGUUGACUCUUACGUGGGCUUUCUGAAGCGAGAGAAAAUCCCAAACUUUCUGUCGGCGGAGGAGGUGAAACGUAUUUCGGGUUCAGCUGUUAUUCCCAAAGCAUUCUCGCUUGCUGGAGAUGACGCGCCUUUCGAACAGUCCGUCAGUACUUCAAUGGACUGUUCGUCUGUCACCUAUUUCCCAGAUGUGUCUGACGUGGAGCCACCUAUCUUGGAGCUGGGCUGGCCUGCUUUCACGACAGGGUCGUUCCGCGGAGUUACCCGAGCAGUGGCCCACUUCCAGCCCAGUUACGGGGAGUGCAUUUACAGCUGCAAGGAGGCAGCGAGGAAAAUGAUCAAGGGCGCGAAAGAGCUUAUCGCCAUAGUAACAGACUCCUUGACGGACCUGGAUAUCUUCCGGGACCUGCAGGAGGCCUGUGUGCGUCGCAGGGUGCCCGUGUACAUCCUGCUGGACCAAGUGUCCAUCCCCUCCUUCCUCCAGAUGUGUGGCAGUCUGGGCGUUCGCCUGGAGGAGCUGCGGCUGAUGCGAGUUCGCUCCAUUACUGGAUGCACGUACUACAUGAGGUCGGGAGCCAGGAUCACGGGGAAGGUUCACGAGCGAUUCAUGCUCAUCGAUGGGCACAAAGUCGCCACCGGCUCCUAUCGGUUCAACUGGACGGACGGCCGAAUCAACAGCAGCAACCUGAUAGAGCUGACGGGACAGAUCACAGAGAGGUUCGACGAGGAGUUCCGCAUCCUCUAUGCCCAGUCGCUGCCCCUGAACGCCAAGGACUGGCCACCGGGCAGCGUGCGCAACAGUGGUGUGUACGACCACCUCCUCCUCAAGCACCUCCCCUCCACCCCGCCCUGCACGCAGGCUCCCAAGGCCAAGCUGUUAGCCCCGGAGCAGGUGUGUCUGACCAGCACUCCCACCAGGGCCCAGAUGAUUAUGGCGACCACGCCAGCGGGACCGGGGGAGGGGGCCAGCCGCACCCAGCCGACUCCAGGGGGCAGGGGGCCGGGGGAGAAGAGCCGGCGGAGCAGCCACACGUCCAAUGCCUCCACCCUGGGGGACGACUGGAUGGAGCGCGACAUGUUGCAGGAGGAGCCGCUGUGUGGCGGACCUGUUCCCGUUCCCGUUCCCGUUCCUCCACUUCCUGUUCAGCUUCCUCUUCUUCCUGUGUCUGUUGAUGUUCCUCCUGGUCCUCCUCUGUUGCUGGAGCCCUCCACCGUAGCUGCCGGCUGCUGCUCCGCUGCUCCUCCACACCCCAUCUCCACGCCCCCCUCAUCCUCCUGCCACAUCUCCACCCAGACCAACAGCCAGAGCGUGGUGGACAAGUGGGUGCAGACGGACCUCACCAGCACCCCCGUCAUCAGCCGACGCUCCUCCCAGGCCACUCUAACUUCCGUCUCCUCGUCGGUGGCAGCACGGGCCGACUGGGAGAGCACCUCUGAGUCUUCCGAGUCCAGCGCGGACGUGAACGUGAAGCUGGGCCACCGUCCCCCCAUCCGACGCGGCGGCGGCGGGCAGGGGCCCAUGCACAGCCACCACCACCACCAGCAGCAGCAGCAGCACCACCACCACCACGCCACACAGCACACCCAGCUCAGGGACAGCUUUCGGAAGCUCUCCAAGGAGCGCCAGGGCCAUUACGCCUCCAUCCGCUCCAAGCUGGACAACAUGGUGGCCAUGCUGUCGCACCGGCGCGAGCUGGUGGACCUCACCAACCUGGCGCUCAGCCCCGCGCUGCGACGACGCAACCCCACGCAGCAGUCGCGCAGGGCGGCCGGGGCCGGCGUGAUGAUGAUGGAGACCACCUUCAUGGGCACCUGGCCGCGCACCCGGGGCCUGCAGUGAUGAACUGGGCUGUACACAGGACCAGGGCUCUAAAUUAACACCAGCCAACCAGCCAAAUGCUGGUGAAAUUUCAGUUUGGCUGGUAGAAAAGACCAACUUACUAGCCACUGUAGCCCCUUAAUGCACACCGUACCUCCUGUGGCACGCUAAUAGAUAUUGAAGGUUAACUACUAUAGUACUACACUACUAUGACAGUACAUGGGGCCUUUAGUAAUACAUUACGACUUGGUCAUUGCCAUUCUGGUAACAGCUCAUUUAUAAUGCCGUGUCUAAAGGGGUUAACCCAUUACUGAGUGUGUGUUUGGCUGGUAAGAUUAACGUAUACUAGCCAUUUUGGCUGGUGAUGAAAAAAGUUAAUUUAGAGCCCUGCACAGGACAGCAACACUGAUUGAUUGAGUUGGGGCAGCUAGAAGAGUGUUACAUUCGAGCCUUUGAGUGUCGAAUUAAAACGUCAAAUUAACACUGAGCACUUCAUGGGACACCUGGCCGCGCUCUAGGGGCAUACAAUGAACUGACUAUACACAGUAGUACUCUGUAACACUUGCAACGAUAGUUUAACACCUAGAGAGACGAUGGCCCAACUCUAGCAACACAUGAAUGCAACUCAGGGGGCCAAAGAAAAAAAGAGGGGGGGGCAACAUUUUUUUUACACACUCGCAUAGUCGCAUAGUAGCGCCAACCCUGAGAGUAGGAUUAAGAGUGUUAUAUUCAACUCUUUAGGUAUUGAAUGCAAACUGCUAACAUUUCUGUCUGUAGAGUGCAAGGGCGGCGCUGAGAAUAUCAAGUCGUGGGGUGCGGGUGACACUAAUGAAUGGAGACGUGAAUGAAGAACAUUAUAAAUACUACUGUGCCUUAUUAUGGUUUACUGUGUUUGUGAACUUUACAAUACAUGGUUUUGAGGACUUCUUACAUGAAAGGAUAUUACUUUAUGGGGGACCAUGAACAAAUGCAGUUGUCUUUAACUUAAAAAAAAAUACAAGGGGAUGUCUGUUAUUUUUAUUUGAUAUGUUUUCUAUAAUGCUGUAGGUUAAAAGGGAACUGUCCUUGUUUUCAGGCCUCUUUAGGAAAAUAGUUUCUAUCUAUUAUGUUCAUGUCAUUAGAAAUAGUGAUGGAAAGGGUGGAGACACUGGUUGGAUUACCCCAAUUCAAUUUCCCUUUACAAAGGUGGAGGGUUCAAUACAGUACAGAAUAGUUUUGUAUAGGCCUAUACUGCCUUACUCAUGAAUUAUCAUUUAGCUUUAAUAAAAUAUUCCUCUAAUGUUUUGUUUGAAAAAUGCACUUUUGCUCACAAAUAUACUAUAAAGAUUGUAUUAAUUAAGUAGUCUAUAGGGGUUUGAACUAUGCAUGGUCCUGCACAGAACACUCCACUCAGAAACAUUCUGUUAUCCACUGCUGUGCACAAUCAAAGAACAACACACUACUGUACUGCAACACACAUCAUUUCCAAAAGAGCAACAUUUCUACCUGCCAGAUGGCAUCAAAGCUGUAUAUUUUGUUCCCAAACGUACAGUGAUCUUUACACUUACUGUGUGUCAA